AUGCAAGGUAAACUGGGCAUAAGUUAUGAAGAUAUCACGAAUAUUUUACAAGCAGUAUACGAAACCGUUAUUAUUAUAUUGUGUUAUAAUUAUUAUAUUCACAGAUCGUUAAGAGCAAUCCAGUUGGCAGAAAAAGAAAUAACUAUACAAGCACCAUGGGGCAAACUUAGAGGACUAACAUGGGGUACGGAGGGCGCCCCACCAGUGUUCCUCUGCCCCGGUCGGAUGGACUCGUGCUCCGGAUUCCGUCCUCUCUUGCAGCUUCUGCCGCGCUGUUUCUACUAUGUGGCUGUGGAUCUCCCGGGGAAUGGCGGGUCAGACCACUUACCGCGCGGCGUGCAACUGAACGCCAUGGACUAUGUGCCCACCGUGAAGGUCGUUAAGGAACACUUCAAAUGGGACAAGUUCAUGUACGUGGGACACUCACUCGGUGCGAUGCUGGGUAAAUACUUCAACAUCGCCUACCCUGGCCACAUCACGCGCAUGGUCGAGCUAGACCCGAUCCCGGCUCACGAAUGCUGCAGCCAAGACGUUCAGGGCGUCCGUCAGUGGUACCACUUACACUAUCAUAGUUAUUACGAGCAGUAUGGCAAGCUUAAUGGAGGUGGGGAGGCACCGAAGUAUACUUACGAAAAGGCUUUGGAAAUGCUGAUGAAGGCCCGUGGUCUUCACAAGGAAGCUGCCGAACAUGUCAUUGAGAGAGUGCUAUCACCUGCUGGAGACGGCCUAUUUAGAUUUACUCACGACCAACGCCAAAAAUCCUUCACCCGCAUGCCUUUCUCGGGCGACGCUUACCGCGCCAUCUAUACAGCCACCACGACACCAACGUUCGGCGUGCUCGCUCAAAAUACCAUAGACGCUGGAGGAUACGACCAGACGCCGUUCGUAAAGGACCCUGCGUGCUGGCCGAACGGGAACUACAGUGUGAAGAUAGUGGAAGGCGGGCAUGACGUGCAUAUAAGCCAUCCGGAGCGCAUGGCGGAUGAUGUUAGCCAGUUUUUAUUGAAAGAUGUUAAAGCUAAAUUAUAA